AUGGCGACCGUCCAGCGUAAAAAGUGGUAUCACAUCCAGUGGUUUUCCGACCAAGAUACUCAAGACGAACGAUGGCUGAUCCUCAAACUCGACCUGCUCAUCGUUCCUUAUGCGUUUCUUUCCUACUGGGUGAAAUACAUUGAUCAAGCAAACAUCAACAAUGCCUACGUCUCUGGCGUAAAAGAAGACCUCAACCUCCACGGAAAUGAACUCGUCCAGCUGCAAACCAUGUACACCGUCGGCGCAGUGGUCGGCCAACUCCCAUUCGUAUAUUUAUUCACCAAACUGCCGAUCUCAUGGGUAAUUCCAUUUCUGGACAUCGCGUGGGGUGUUUUCACACUGCUGCAAUUCAGAGCGACGUCGUACGCCGAACUCGCUGCGUAUCGAUUUCUAGUGGGUUGGUUUGAGGCGGCUUUUUUUCCGGGGAUGCAUUAUAUCUUUGGCGCCUGGUAUCGCGGGGACGAGAUCGCCCGUCGCGGAGGCUGUUUCUACGUUGGCCUCACACUGGGCACAUUGACAGCUAGUCUCAUUCAAGCAGGCGCAUCAGCGCGUCUGGAUGGCGUGCAUGGACUAGCCGGUUGGCGAUGGAUGUACAUCAUCUGUGCGAUCAUCACCAUUCCAGUCGGUAUAUUGGGCUACUUUAUUCUCCCCGGCACGCCCGAUAAACCGAAUAAAUUCGUGCUCAAGGAUAAGGAUGUCGCGAUAGCGCAAGAUCGACUCAAACGCGCCGGCCACGGCAUCGACGAGGGCUUCAGUCUGCGCUCGUUCACAAACAUCCUGAAAAGCUGGAAAUUCUGGGCCUUUCUACUGCUUGACAUCUUCUUCUGGAAUGGCUGUCUCAACACGAACGUCGGAGGCUAUCUCCUCUGGCUGAAAAGCCUCAAGCGCUUCUCCACCAGCAGACUCAACGAACUCUCUGCCAUCUCCCCCGCGCUGGGAAUCUUCUACACGCUGCUCAUCUGCUUCGCAUCCGACCUCAUCCUGGGUCCAGCAUGGGCGAUCACCAUCUCUCACACGUGGAACAUAAUCGGUCUCAUCAUCCUCGUCGUCUGGAACGUGCCUGAAUCCGCCCUGUGGUUCGCAUUCGCAACGACCUACUCAUCUGUCGCCAUGUCGAGUGUUCUGUACGGGUGGAUAAAUAGCGAAAUGCGAUCAUCCGCGACAGAAAGAUCGUUGGCACUGGUGUUUACGAAUACAAUCGCGCAGUCGACGACGGUGUGGACGCCGCUACUUGUUUUCCCGACUGUGGAGGCGCCGAGAUAUACAAAGGGGUAUUCGUUUACAUUGGCGAGUGCGGUUUGUUUGAUUGUGAUGGCGCAUGUUAUACGGUAUUUACUCAAGAGGGAGAAGACGAAGGAAGAAGGGUAUGGGUCGAGUGAUGUGGAGGAGUCUCGACAGACGGUGCAGGUUUAUGGGAAGGAUCAGAAUAGGAUGUAG